UUAUGAUUAUAAUUAUUAUCACAUAUGUAAGACCCAGGCCCCCCGGAAUCUAAGUUAGAGUUGAUACACGAGGCAGACAACAAAAUGGUGUACUAUCUGCGUUCACUCUUCAAUAUCCGACAAUGGCGACGAGGAUAAACUAGGAAAGAAAAAAAAUGGCAGGAGCUGGUUCAAUACAACCUGUGCCUCCGUUUGAUGCAGUGUCAGACCCUGCCAACGCGUGUAACGCAUGGAAACGUUGGGUUUCAAGAUUCGAGCAGUACUUGGUCGCUGCUGAUAUCAAAGAUGAUAAAAGAAAAAGAGCCCUGUUGAUUUAUUUGGCUGGAGAACCAGUUGCAGAUAUCCUGAAUACAAUCCCAGAUAAUGGAGAUGAUUACAAAACAGCGUUAGAAAAGCUCACGGGACAUUUUGAGCCACAGAAGAACUUGCUUCAUGAAACAUAUUUAUUUCGCCAGGCCAGACAAGAGCCAAAUGAGACUUUAGGUCAAUUCCAUGUUCGAUUACAAAACUUAGCAUCACGUUGUGACUUUGGGGAUAGAAAAGAGUUCGAAAUAUUGUUACAAAUUGUCACAAAUGGAUCAUCAAGUCGUUUACGAAAGAAAGCUUUACGAGAUCCAAAAUACACAUUGAAAGAAAUGUUAUUAGAUGGCCAAAGAGAUGAAACAAGUACACAGCAAGCAAUUGAAGGUAACACUGAAAUAAAGCAAGAACUGCAUCGUGUAAUACAAAGUCAGCACAAGAAAGGACAUAUACAAACAAAGAAAUGUCAUCAGUGUGGAGGAUCUUACCCUCAUAAAAACCAGACCUGUCCAGCUGCUGGUAAGAUAUGUCAUAAAUGUGGGAAAAAGAACCACUUUGCAAAGUAUUGUUUGAGCAAAACUCAACAAGUGCCAAGGAAAACACAGCCUUUCAAAAGACAUGUUAGGCCAAUUACAACAAAAUCAGUGAAUAAAGCACAAAGUGAUUCUGAUUCAGAUUUUGAUUACCUUUAUGCUGUGAAACAGAAGAAAAAACCUGGUAACGCUGUUACUGCCAAAAUCAGUGAUUACAAAUGUGAUUUACUUGUGGACACAGGAGCCUCAGUAAAUAUUCUUGAUGAAGAAACAUUUAGUCAGAUACCAUCAGAUCCUAAAUUAGAGAAAACAACAGUUAAAGUGUACCCAUACAACAGCAACAGCCCUGUGAAAUUGUUAGGAAAAUUCCAAGCCACUGUGGAGACCAAAAAGCGCAUUACUGUAGCCACAUUUUAUGUCACAGAAGAGAACUCUGGUUCACUAUUAGGUUCAGAGACAUCCCAAGAACUUGGUCUUGUUACAUUUCAUAUCAAUCCAAUGGUUUCAAAAGUGAAAGAUAAAAAUGUGAAACCACAAAUUGCUUCCACCUGCUCAUGGAUUCCUAUCAGAUCUACCCAUGAUAAAUCAGUUGAUGCUGCUUUACUUGCAAAUAAAGAAAUUUUUAGAGGAAUAGGAAAGUUAGAUGGAGUUCAAAUUAAAUUAAACAUUGAUGAAAAUGUAACUCCAGUUGUUCAAAAUACCAGACGCAUACCAUUCCACAUCAGAAAGCAAGUAGAAGAAGAAUUGCUAAGUCUGGAAGCACAAGGAAUAAUAGAGAGAGUGCCAGAGGGGCAAGCAACCCCUUGGAUAUCCCAGAUAGUUGCAGUACCAAAGAAGGACAAUAAGUCAAUUCGGAUUUGUGUUGAUAUGCGUUCAGCAAACACAGCCAUAAAAAGAGUUAGGCAUGUCAUGCCCACAGUUGACGAAAUUAUGGUACAAUUAAAUGGAGCCAAAUUCUUUUCAAAGAUUGACCUUAGUCAAGCUUACCAUCAAUUAGAAUUGCACAAAGAUAGCAGAUAUAUCACUACAUUCAGCACGCACAUUGGUUUAUUCCAAUACAAAAGAUUGAACUAUGGCACGAAUGCAGCUGCUGAGUUAUUUCAACAUACAUUACAAGAAGCUUUAAAGGGUAUAGAUAAUGUCAGAAACUUAGCAGAUGAUAUUAUCAUUUUUGGCAAAACCAGAGCAGAGCAUGAUAAAGCAUUGAAUGAAUGUCUUGCAAGAUUAAAGGCAAGAAAGCUCACAGUAAACAGAGAAAAAUGUAAAUUUUUACAACCAGAACUUUCAUUCUUUGGUAUGGUAUUUUCAGAAGAUGGUGUCAAGCCAGAUCAAAAGAAGAUUGCAGAUUUAGUAGAUGCUCCUAUACCAAACAAUGCAUCAGAAGUGAGAAGUUUAUUAGGAAUGGCAAAUUUCAGUGCAAAGUUCAUACCAAAUUUUGCAGAUAUAACAGAACCACUGAGAAGAUUAACUCACAAAAACAUUGUAUUCAAAUGGGAGAAGGAACGCUCACAAGCAUUUAAGAAACUCAAAGAUGUUCUGACAGACAGUCCAGUUAUGACAUAUUUUGAUAUUGACAAAGAAACAUACCUGAUUGUAGAUGCCAGUCCCAUUGGUAUUUCUGCAAUUCUUGCACAAUCAAACAAAGAUGAGCCUCAAAAAGUGAUUGCAUAUGCCAGUAGAGCACUUACCCCUGUGGAGCGUCGAUACUCACAAACUGAGAAAGAAGCACUUAGUAUUGUGUGGGGUACUGAGCAUUUUCAUAUGUAUCUUUAUGGAAAAAGUUUCAACCUGAUAACAGAUCACAAGCCUUUGGAGGUGAUUUAUGGGAACCCUAAAUCAAAACCAUCAUUACGCAUUGAAAGAUGGGUGCUCCGCUUACAGCAAUAUUGUUUCAAAGUUAUUUACAAGCCUGGAAAAGAUAAUCCGGCUGACUUCAUGUCAAGAUAUCCUACAACAGUCAGUGUCAAAGAAAACAUGGCAGAUGAGUAUGUGAGAUAUAUAACAAUAAAUGCGAUACCAAAAGCCAUGACCAUAGAAGAAGUACAAAGAGAGACAGAAAAGGAUGGGACACUCCAAGCAGUCAUAAAAGCAAUUAAAACAGGAGAUUGGAGUAACCAGUUUUUAGUACCUUACAAGUUAGCCAAAGAUUCAUUGACAAUAAAUCAUGCAAAUGGAAUUAUUUUGCGGGGAAACCAAAUUGUCAUGCCUAAAUCACUAUGGAAAAGAUCAGUAAAACUAGCUCACGAGGGUCACCAGGGCCUUGCUAAGACUAAAGCCCUGAUCAGAGAAAAAGUUUGGUUUCCAUUUAUUGAAAAAUUGGUAACAGAAGAGAUUAAUAGCUGUUUACCUUGUCAAGCAGUGGGAACACAAAAAGCACCAGAACCAUUGCGAAUGAGACCUAUGCCAUCUGGACCUUGGAAAAAACUGCAUAUUGAUUUUAUGGACCACUUCCAAGUAGUGAGUAUGUACUUGUUAUUGUAG